UAUAUUUGACUAAGUAUAGAUAGACAUGUGAAUACUUAGAAGUUUAGAUACAUAUGUUUACGCGCGCGCGUGCUUACCCCACUGAGGGCGCGGCGGAUACCUUCCAACUGAUCUAACAUCACAUUUACGCCACAAAACCACACUGUUUGUACCAAAUACGUUUCUAUCUCGUCUUCAUACUUAAUGUCCUCAACUUACAUGAGAACUUCGAUCUUCUCACAAAAGUCACACCCUCGUUCAUUCCCUGUCUAUCCAUUUCCACCUAAUUUAUAGAGCUACGAGCUACAGUUUAGUAGCUUUCUCUUGAGACUAGGAGAGCUUGUUAUGGACCAUUCUUUCGAUAUUAGUCACCAUGAUGGCAACCGAAACGAAUAGCAACGUUCGUCUCUUAGCAGCCCUUGUUGACUCCAAUGAUGAAGAGGAGAGCGAAUAUCGCUUUUUGGUCGAUCAGAAGCAUGUCAAGUAUGUUACCGUCGACCCAGCUGUAUUUCCAAAGAACGAUCGAACCUUUGCACCCGUACUCAUUCCUAUGCUACCACCUUUCCCCCCUGGUAACUGGAACGAGGGUCACAUCUCUAAGGAUCCAGUUACACGGCGCCCAGUUUUCUCUCGUGUCACUCAUAGCGACCUCCCUGGAAUCCGAAAUACCUGGCACGACAGGCGGAUCGACCAUCUCGAUCUAACAAAGCUGAAUCGAGUGCGACAAAACAUCCACCACGUUACAUGCCCAGCUUUCGACUUUCCGGUCCUCGUUAAGUUUGCCGAGUUCCCUUGGCAGAUGCCGUUCUUUGAGGCUGAAACCACCGCAUACGAAUGGAUUGAGGGUAAAGGGAUUGGUCCCAAAUUCCUUGGCCACUUAACAGAGGCCGGCAGGGUCUUCGGAUUCGUCUUGGAAAACAUCGACGGCGCAAGGACGGCGGAACCCCAAGAUUUGGCAGCCUGUCAACGCGUUCUAGCGAAGCUACACGCGCUUGGAAUAAAGCAUGGCGACAUUAAUAAGCAUAACUUCCUCGUGAGGAACGGAGAGGCGGUCCUUGUUGACUUUGAGACGGCGCAGAAAUGCAGUGAGAAAGCGGAGCUUGAGUCAGAGUUUAAACACUUGGAGUUGUCGUUAAGAGAUCCUUCUCGCAGAGGUGGGGUAGGAAUCGGGGUGGUAAGCGAUCGUAUUCCUAGCUAGCUGACUUCCCCUUGAGUACCGAGUAGAUAAACAUUGACACGCUGCUUUAUUUAUUCAUUAAAACUUUUUUUUUUUUUUUUUAAAGAAAGAAAAAACAAAUUAUUUUCCGUUUAAGCUCUUUAUACCAACAUGCUUCCAAAAAGUUAGCGUUCUAUUGUCACAUAUUUAUUGCA